CAAUCUCUUGGUCUUUCGUGGCUCACUCAUCUUCUUCACACGACACUCCUAUAUAUAUCUCCCUCUUUCCUCGAUAGAGAAAGAACAGAGUCGAUAACUAUGGAGAGAACAACUAUCUUAUGGGUUUGGUUUAGUCUUAUGAUUUUCUUAAGCAUCUUUGUUAGUGGAGGUUUAUCUCAAGGACAACAACAUGUUGUGAAGAAGACACGUUCUUCUGCAGUUGUGGUUGGAACUGUCUACUGUGACACUUGUUUCAACGGCGCCUUUUCGAAAUCACCCAACCACUUAAUCCCAGGUGCUUUAGUUGCAGUGGAAUGCAUUGACGAGAACUCGAAACCGAGUUUCAGACAAGAAGUGAAAACAGAUGCGCGAGGUGAAUUCAAAGUGAAGCUACCUUUCUCAGUCAGCAAACAUGUGAAGAAGAUCAAGAGAUGCUCUGUGAAGUUGCUAAGUAGCUCACAGCCUUACUGUUCCAUAGCUUCGUCCGCGACUUCUUCUUCUCUCAAACGCCUGAAAUCAAACCGUCACGGAGAGAAUACGAGGGUCUUCUCUGCAGGAUUCUUCACUUUCAAACCCGAAACCCAACCAGAAAUUUGUAGCCAAAAACAAGUCAACACCAAGCCACUUUUACCUGAUCCUUCAUUCCCUCCACCGAUCCAAGAUCCGCCUACUCCUUCCCCUAUCCCAAACCUCCCUAUCGUUCCUCCGCUUCCAGACUUGCCUCUUCCUACACUCCCUCCUCUUCUUCCUUCUCCAGGAGGACCAGGUCCACGUAAACCAACUUCCUUGCGUAACAAGAAAUCUGUUUCCUUGGAAGACAAGAAAACCGAUAUGCUAAAACCCAAUCUCCAAUUUCUUCCUCUUCCUCCGAACCCGCUAAACCCUCCAUCCGUCAUCCCUCCAAACCCUCUCAUACCUUCUAUCCCAACCCCAACUCUUCCUCCAAACCCGUUAAUCCCUUCUCCUCCAAGUCUCCCUCCGAUCCCGCUUCUUCCUUCUCCUCCAGCAGCUUCAACUCUGCCACCGAUUCCAACAAUUCCGACUAUUCCAACAAUUCCGACUAUUCCAACAGUCCCAGGCGUAACUCCGACUCUUCCACCUCUUCCGACUCUUCCACCAGUCCCAGGCGUAACUCCGCCUUCACAACCUAUGCCAACACCACCUUCUUUACCUGUUCCACUCCCUCCAGUCCCUGGAGUCCCUGGAAUCCCUGGAAUCCCUGGAAUCCCUACGCCUUCACUACCUAUGCCACUACCACCUUCUCUCCCUGUUCCACUUCCUCCGGUCCCUCUCAUCCCUGGAAUCCCUCCAGCUUCAUCUUCCUUAUCUAGUCACCAUCAACCCUAAAUUCAAACAAUUCCACUCCUCACAAUUUCCAAUUAUGUAAUCUAUAUAUAUCAUCAUGUUUAACUUCUUUUUUUCCUUCUACAUUUUCACUUGUUGGUUUGUUGUAAUUUUCAAUAAAUAUUGUCACUUCAUUUUAA